AUGUUAGGCCAUAUCAGUAAAAGCAUUGAUAAAAUCGUUGAAAAAACACCAAAACAAGCACUUUAUGGCUUUGCCGCACUAGGCUCAUUUUAUGUCCUGAGAUCUGGCUUUCGAGUUUUGUCUUCUUUUUAUAGACAUGUAAUUCGAAGACCUCUCGAUUUUCCAUCAAGAUAUGGCAAAGGCAGUUGGGCUCUCGUCACAGGUGGGGCAAAUGGAAUUGGUAAAGCCUGGUCCCAAGAGCUCGCAAAGCUAGGUUUUAACAUUUUAAUUAUUGAUUUUGACUGAGAAGCUGCCAAUCAAGCUAAAGAAACGAUUGAGCUUAACUAUAAAGUUGUUGUCGAAAUGCUCAUAUUAGAUCUAUCUGAUCAAGAUAACAUUGCAAAUGUCGGAAAAUUCAUAGAAGAAAACAACCUAGACAUUUCCAUACUCGUCAACAAUGCUGGUGCUCACAAAAUGGCUCCAGUUAAGGACAUGCCAAAUGAAGAUAUUAUGAAACUGAUAAACACCAAUGUCAUAGCUAUGACUCUAUUGACAAGGCUGCUACUACCAAAAUUAUUAGAAAGAAAACAGAGGUCAGCAAUAAUCAACAUGUCCUCAGUUUCUGCACAUAUAGGAUUCCCUUAUUCCACAGUUUAUGCAGCUACUAAAUCUUAUAUAAGGAUUUUUUCAGCAAGCUUAAGAGAAGAAAUUAAAGAAAAAAUUGACGUUUUAGUUGUGUCGCCUGAAGGAGUCAGCACAAAUAUGACGAAAAAACCAGUAGGAGGGGAUAUUGUGAGGCCUGAAGACUGUGUAAUAGGAGCUCUUAAAGAGCUUGGAAGAAGAAUUGAAACUUUUGGAGCCCCAAGACAUACGUGGAAUGGAUGGAAAAACAGCUUUUUUUCUGAUGCUACAAGAAGUGAGAGGACUGAAAGAUAUUUACGGAAAUAUUUUAUUAAUAAGUAG